AUGACUGCAAUCGAUCUAGCCAAUGCGGAGAAGCGCAAGGAUGAGGAGCAUGACCGUAUUCAUGAGGACCCAAUCGACGAAGACGUAGAGGAAGAGGAAGACCUCGACUUAGACCCUUCGGAAAAGGAGUACCUAGAGCGCCAUCGGAUACUUGACGAGUUUCUAUCGCCUUUGGCUCCUGAUGAAGCGGCUUUAUACAAACUCGCGCGCCGGUUUUCCAGCGUGUAUCGCAAGCUUGCCCUCGAGUCCGAAGAGCAGUUUUUACCAACACCGGUGACAAAUCUGCCCACGGGAUUGGAGACGGGUCGCUAUUUGGCCAUCGAUGUUGGCGGGAGCAACUUGCGCGUUGCAUUCAUCGAAUUGCUAGGAGAUUCCGCCUGUUCGGAUAUUCGCUCGACCGAUGCUUCGCAGAGAUCAAAGGAUGCAAUCCGGAAGGCACAGAGACAGCGUGUAAAGCGGACGCUGGAGAAGGCAUGGCCAAUCCAGGAGCAUUUGAAAAAGGAUAAAGCCGAAGAUUUGUUUGCUUGGAUCGGGGACUGUAUCGCGGAAGUGGUUGCGGAGAGCUUGACUUCCGAUGCCACCAAAGGCAAUGUUCCCGAGGAGCUGGAGAUGGGAAUUACCUUUAGUUUCCCAAUAAUGCAAGAGUCUCUUGCCGAAGCUACACUGAUGCCGAUGGGGAAAGGGUUUGCUAUCACGUCAGAUCUCAAUCUUCGUAAUAUUUUACUCUCUGGCUAUGAGAAGCACACAAAGCGCCCGGAUGAUGACGAAGAGCCUUCGACUAAGCGUCGGAAGCUUUUCGCCUUGCCGAAGCUCAAGAUCUCUGCCAUCACUAACGAUGCCGUCGCUACGCUUACUUCCCUGGCCUAUGAGGUGAAAUCCCUGCCCAACAGCCGGGUUGCAAUGGGUAUCAUUGUUGGCAUGGGGUGCAAUGCCACAAUCCCCAUGAAGCUCAGCUCUCUGCAUGACUCGAAGGCAAAGCAUGUGAAAUUAAGGAAUUCCGAGGCAGAAGAGACUGUUGUUAAUACGGAGUGGACCCUUUCAGGCUCCUUACCACCCUUGAAGGAACUCAACAUCGUAACCAAAUGGGAUGCCGAGCUCGACAGAGCAUGUGCACGUCCUGGCUUUCAACCUUUUGAGUAUAUGACCGGUGGUCGCUACAUUGGCGAGCUUAUCAGGCUCAUUCUUGUCGACUACCUUACGAGUAUUUAUGGGCUGUCACAAAAAGACCUCCCCGGAAAUCUUACCCAAGGGUAUGCACUUACCACUACAUAUAUAUCAGACAAGAUCGCACGUGCACGAUCGGACGAGGAGUUGGUCAAUGAACUGAGUCUUUCGUUGUCACCCCCUGAAAAUAGUGAAUGGCGAUGGGAUGCUAUUACCGCCGGAGCGUUCCGCAAAAUCGCCCGGACCGUGCAGAGGAGAUCUGCCGGCCUGACUGCGGCAGCGGUCGUGGGAUUGCUGGCGUGUGCGCGCGAGAUCGAAUUGAAAGUAGAUAGCAACGAGAACUCACCGCAAAAUUCCAGUGCAGCUUCCCCCGUAUAUAAAGGAGGUCCCAAAGAUCUAGCAUCACCUGCAUCUGCGGUUCUGACUGCCAGCAAUGCCCAGGGCAGUCAAGGCCCGAUUGUGCCUGUUCUCUCUCCUACGCCCAUCCCGGCAGACUGGCAGUCAGGCCCAGAGGAGCUGGUGGUCGCCUAUACUGGUGGGAUCAUUCAGCACUAUCCCAAUUUCAAGGAGAUGUGUCAGCAAUUCAUUGAUCGCCUCAUCAUGAGGACCGGUCCGCAGAAGAGCGGAAAAUCGGUCUUCCUACGCGAGGCUUCUGACGGCGGGAUCAUCGGAGCUGGAGUUCUGGCAGGAAUGGUAGGAAACGUCUCCUCCAUCUGA